UUUAAUAUUUUCAGAUCUAUAGAUGAAGACAGAAAAAUAGAGUACAAAGCUGCUGUGAAAAUCCAGAGCUGGUUUCGAGGAUGCCGAGUCCGAGCCUAUCUGAGAUAUCUGACCAAAAUGGUGAUUUUUAUACAGAAGUGGUGGCGAGGUUAUCGAAGCAGAAGAUACUUCAGAAAAAUGGUGGAGACAGCAUAUUUUAUUAUGAAGAUGAAUUUCUACAAUGAAAUGGCUGUCAGGAUUCAGAAAAGGUGGCGAGGCUAUUAUGUUCGGAAAUAUAUCCAUAAUUAUUAUGCACUGAAGAAAUACCUGGAAGCCAUUUCUGUGAAUAAUGAGAUUGUCAGGAAUGAACUCCAAGAGUACGCAGAAAUGAAAGAAAAUGAAGAGAAAAGGAAAGACCUAGACAAAAAAGAAAAGGAAAAGAAAUACCAAGCCCGAAAGAUGCAUUACCUCCUUAGCACUGAGCAG